CUUUUUCUGCGUGGGAUCGUUCGCGGGAAGAAGCAGAGACUCUACAUUCUGAUAAUAUCCGCACAAAUAAACCGAUAAAGAGCGCCACCAGUGACUGUUAGGUGUACUAAGACGAGCGUCUUUACAAAUGGCCGUUUGAAAUGUGUAGUGUUUCGCGAGUGCGUGCACAAAUUCGGGAAUAAAUACAGAGAUUUGGACCACAAACAAGUUGUGCAAGAUUAAUGAACCGUUCUCCAUGAUGGCUGAUGUUUCAACGUUUAAUAAUCAUUGCGGAGAUUCGACGAAAUUCGUACAAAUUCAAUCAACUCUAAUAAUCUGGAAGGAGGAGGAGGUCUAGGAGAGACAUCGGGCGCCAACAGAGCAAUCCUACGAUCAACCUUGACAAUCUGAUUGUGAGAGGAGGAGGUAGUCUAGAAGGGGUCGAUCCGGAUCUGCAUAAGCAGCAAGACUCGCAGCGCCGCUCAUUUAAGCCCCCUUCCUGAGAAGCAGCGACCACCUCGACGAGCGUCCGCGGAGUUAAUAACGUAAGAAAAGGGAAUCACGCGAUUGAGGUAACGAGAGUGGUGAAGUAACUGAUGUAUCUAAAGCGUUAAUAUAAAAUACUCCGAAUGAGAAAGGUGCGCAGGUACAUGCACAGUUAGUUAAGCGCACAGAUGGGCAGGUUCAUAUGUUUUCAUUAAAUAUGUAAUGGUUCACGCAGCUGUUCGGGAAACUAACGGAAACAACUGGAGCAUGGCCGACGAAGCAUCUGACGUUCCUAAAAGGGAUGACAUUGUUGAAGGGAGCAAUAUCGAUAGCAAAACGCAAGAUGAAACUGAAUGCGACGACAAAAUUCCGACUGUAACAACCACGAAGAACGCUCUAGUAACGAGAUACCUAGGAUCAUGCGAUGAAUAUCCGCAUCGCGUUAAAGUUUCGAUUAUAGGUACAAGAAAAGUUGGAAUGGCCUGUGCCAUCGCGAUUUUGAUGAGACGAAUAGCGAGUGAAGUUUGUCUGAUUGAUCAAAAUCAGGACAAGGCUUCUGCCGAAGCCGAAGACAUUCAACACGCUGGUGUCUUUCUAGGAUGUCCGUUAGUCAGUGGCACAUCAGAUGUCUACAAAGUGAAGAACUCAACCGUAGUGAUAAUCGCCGUUUGUGAGAGAAAGCCUGGCGAGGAGUUAAAUGUAAAGCACAACGUUGAAGUGUUUAAGAAGAUCGUUCCUACCAUUGCCAAGUUGGCUUGUAAAGCUGUCUUACUCGUCGUAACUCAACCGAUCGACGUGAUGUCGUACAUCACUUGGAAGCUAUCCAAAUUUCCGUCAAACAGAGUGCUUGGCACGGGAACUCUGCUUGAUAGCUCUAGGUUUCAGGAUUUACUAAGUCAGAAGUUGGGACUAGCGCGCACGUCGAUUAGUUGCAUGAAUAUCGGCGCGCAGGGUGAUACUUCUGUUUCCAUAUGGUCGAGCAUUCACGUGGCGGGUACGAAGAUACGCGACAUAAACCCAAGAAUGGGCGAAGCGGAUGAUCCCGAGAAGUGGCGUGACAUCUCCGUGGCUGUAAAUAAAAUCGACGACGAACUUAAUCGGAAGAAGGGCGAGAAAGGGCCAAGUUGCUGGGCUCUCGGCUUCUGUACCGCUGAAAUCGUCGACGCCAUCGUCAGAAAUACUAAAAUUGUGUUGCCAGCGUCGACAUACAUACACAGUUGCUCCCACGGGACCGACAAAGAUGUAUACAUGUCGGUCCCCUGUGUUCUCGGUCGAGAGGGUGUGUGCGCCACGGUACGACAGAAGCUAAACGAUCAAGAAAAGGCAGCGGUGCAACGGUGCGCCGAUGGCAUUCGCAAUGUGCUGCGCGAAUGCGGCAUCCUUCGCGAAUCGACGAACGACGUUGAAGAGUGACGACCGGAGACGAGAGAAGAGAUCGGAGAAGAGAAGGAGCGCGCGACGGAAACUGCGACGGGGGAGGAAGGACGAGAAAGAACGUGCCUUUUAGAAUGCAUCUUCAUCAAUAAGGACGAGGGCCGCGCACCUGGCGACCGGUUUCCGCGAUGUACUCCGUACGUACAUCCGAUCGCAGUAAUAAACGAUAUAUAAAUUCGACUUCCUGGAAAAUUAAACCAGUCGCGUUCUUCUAAGAUUACUCGCGAGCCGGUACAAUGUUUCGUGCGAAGCUUAUUAUCGUUUCCUUUUUGCUCGAUCGAAUUUUGAUUUACGAAGCCGAACGAUGUACGGCGGGAAGGUGAAAGGGCGGAUGAAAAUGCAUUCCCCGUUGCACGCGAAGCGAGUGUAUAGCUGAGCUGCGGCUCUAAAGAAGAUUGGAUAAUUUAAACUACAAUCUUUUUCUGCAUUAGCUUUAUAUGUUUCUUCGUUGCAGGGAAGGAAAGGGGUAAGAU